AUGCGACACAUUACAUCAGAAACCACCAAGUACCAGCACCUGGUUGAAAGUCUUCCCCCGUCCGCCGCCGCUGAGGUUCGGGACAUUCUCCUCGCGCCGGCGGCAGACAAACCCUAUUCAGUCCUCCGGGACGCUCUCGUUAAACGGCUCAUGUCAUCCCAGGAGCACCGUUUGCAGCAAGUGCUUUCCUCUGAGGAGCUCGGUGAUCGUCGCCCCACUCAAUUUCUCCGCCACCUGCAGUUCCUUCUUGGCGACAAGGCAUCAUCUAUUGACCCUGCUAUCCUCAAGGAACUUUUCCUCCAGAGACUCCCUCCCCAUGUACGCGUGUCACUAGCAGCAUCGGGCGCCCUGCCCCUCUCAGAGCUCGCAGAACUCGCCGACCGCGUCCUGGACAUCGCCCCUCCCACCGUCGCCGCGAUGCCCUGCAAUACGCAAUCUGAUGAUUCCGAACUCGGCCAGCUGCGCCAGGAAGUAGCGCGCCUCACCGAACUUGUCUCACACCUGUCGCAGCAGCGCUUCCCGAACCGCGGGGCAAGCCCCUCACGGCGCACACCUUCGCCGGCGCGUCGCUUGCAGUCCCCCACGCGCUCCCGCCGCACUUCACCACCGGCCUCCACCUACUGUUGGUACCAUCACACAUUCCGCAACCGCGCUCGUCGCUGCCAGCAGCCCUGUACUUGGCCGUCGGGAAACGGCCUGGGCGAUCAUUAA